CCAAUGCCUUAGCCUCACUCUGAAUAUUAAAAACCCAAACAAACACAAGGCAUUUUCCCAAUGCUCUAAUGAUUCUACCAUGCCGAUAAUAAUAAAAAGUGAACUGCUGAGCCACUGUGCAUAUGUUCAAUAGAGAGUCUCUGGUCAGACACUUGGUUUGCUAGAAACAAAUCACACACUAUCAUCUUAGAAAGUGACUCAUUGAAUAAUGUCACCUGUGUUCCCUGCACAUAGGAGAAAAAUCAACAGGAUGAUCAUGUGUAGAAAACCCUUGAUUGGAUCUGACCUGUGGGAAGCAAGAACUGGAAUCAAAGGGCCAUAGAAUUAAUUUAGCAAAAGCUUAAGUCUUACUUUGACAAAAAGAGCCAUGCCAAUCCCAUUCCAUGUUCUUCGGAACAUUGCUAUUCUUGGAGGGUUCAUUUCUAUUGGAGGUGCUGGAUAUUUUACCACGAAGUUAAAAUAUAAAUUCAAACAAGCAGACUAUUUCAUUGAAUCAGUGUCUCUUCUACGCAACUAUACUCCAAUUGAAAAAUAUCUUGGUCAACCAAUUGUAGUGAAAAGCAUUGAUCUUGGUGACACUGAGAACAAUGUUGUUGGUGCCCUGGGUGCAAAGAUUGCAAUUCCUGUAUGUGGUCCUAAAGACAAAGGAAUUCUUUAUUGCUGGGCUACUCGUGAAAAUACAGAUGAAAGAUGGCUGGUUGACAAACUUGAAAUUGAAAUAAAGAAAACAAAGCAGCGAUGGACAUUUUAUGAACGACCGAUAACAAAAGAAAAUGAAGAGAAAAAGUUAUGACACUAGGAGAUUGUUAAUUAUUUUAAACCAAAUUUUCAAAAUUAAAGAAAGACUAUUGUUGAUAUAUUGUUAACAUUUUAUUGUGAUUGUCUUUCUUAUGAUUUUAAAAACUAAAAACUGCUUUUUUUAACUGGGACAGAAAGAUCAAAAUAAUGAAUACAACAAAAAAAGGAAAAAGCAAGAAAUAAUAUUUCCCAUCUAGACUUUUGAAUUAACUAAACAUUAGUGUCAAGUGACUGAGGCCUUUGGCAAUAUACUGUGCUUGAGAAGACCUGUCAAGCUAAGUGAGAUUGUAGUCAUGGCCGGUGGCACAUAAAAAGCAACCCUACACUCUUGGAGUGGUUGGCAUUAGGAAGGGCAUCCUGCUGUAGAAACUGUGCCAAAGCUGAUUGAAACCUGGUGCAGCUCCCCAGCUUACCUGUUUUCAGUCAAACUGUCCAACCCAUGCUAGCUUGGAAAACAAACUUUAAAUGAUGAUGAUGAUAAGAAAUAUAGAAACUUGUCAUCAAUACUUCAACAAUGGUGUGUUUAUUUAUACCAUUCUAUAAAUAUUUCGUUUAUGGAUUUGGUUUGCUAGAUUCUUUAUGUGAGUUCGGACUCUCCCCAGAUACAAUAGAACAUUCUAUAAAUAUGUUUCUUGGAAUUUACUUAUUAUUUUUCUAGAUUUGUAAAUUAAUUAACUUUUACAAGUUAAUUCAAUUAUGUAAAUAAAAUUGUCUCUCAACAUA